AUGCAGUUGCUAAAUAGAGCAGUGGGCAAUGUUAACGGAAACGACUGCAAUUGGCACAAAACUUUGUUUUUGCAUUGUUGGGAACUCUUUAGGCCCCGGUUUCUGGUGACAACCCCAGGGAUCAUCAGGCCCGGAGGAAAUGUGACUAUUGGGGUGGAGCUUCUGGAACACUGCCCCUCACAGGUCACUGUGAAGGCGGAGCUGCUCAAGACAGCAUCAAACCUCACUGUCUCUGUCCUGGAAGCAGAAGGAGUCUUUGAAAAAGGCUCUUUUAAGACUCUGACUCUUCCAUCACUCCCUCUGAACAGUGCAGAUGAGAUUUAUGAGCUACGUGUAACCGGACGUACCCAGGAUGAGAUUUUAUUCUCUAAUAGUACACGCUUAUCAUUUGAGACCAAGAGAAUAUCUGUCUUCAUUCAAACAGACAAGGCCUUAUACAAGCCAAAGCAAGAAGUGAAGUUUCGCAUUGUUACACUCUUCUCAGAUUUCAAGCCUUACAAAACCUCUUUAAACAUUCUCAUUAAGGACCCCAAAUCAAAUUUGAUCCAACAGUGGCUGUCACAACAAAGUGAUCUUGGAGUCAUUUCCAAAACUUUUCAGCUAUCUUCCCAUCCAAUACUUGGCGACUGGUCUAUUCAAGUUCAAGUGAAUGACCAGACAUAUUAUCAAUCAUUUCAGGUUUCAGAAUAUGUAUUACCAAAAUUUGAAGUGACACUGCAGACACCAUUAUACUGUUCUAUGAAUUCUAAGCAUUUAAACGGUACCAUCGUAGCAAAGAAACAGAUAAAUGGAUCUGUAAACUUCUCUUUUAAUGAUGAAGAGAUGAAAAAUAUAAUGGAUUCUUCAAAUGGACUUUCUGAACACCUGGAUCUAGCUGCCCCUGGACCGGUAGAAAUUUUAGCCACAGUGACAGAAUCACUUACAGGUAUUGCAAGAAAUGCAAGCACUAAUGUGUUCUUCAAGCAACAUGAUUACAUCAUUGAAUUUUUUGAUUAUACUACAGUCUUGAAGCCAUCUCUCAACUUCACAGCCACUGUGAAGGUAACCCGUGCUGAUGGCAACCAGCUGACUCUUGAAGAAAGAAGAAAUAAUGUGGUCAUAGCAGUGACACAGGGAAACUAUACUGAGUACUGGAGCGGAUCUAACAGUGGAAAUCAGAAAAUGGAAACUGUUCAGAAAAUAAAUUAUACUGUCCCCCAAAAUGGAACUUUUAAGAUUGAAUUCCCAAUCCUGGAGGAUUCCAGUGAGCUACAGUUGAAGGCCUAUUUUCUUGGUAGUAAAAGUAGCAUAGCAGUUCAUAGUAUGUUUAAGUCUCCUAGUAAGACAUACAUCCAACUAAAAACAAGAGAUGAAAAUAUAAAGGUGGGAUCGCCUUUUGAGUUGGUGGUUAGUGGCAACAAACGAUUGAAGGAGUUAAGCUAUAUGGUAGUAUCCAGGGGACAGUUGGUGGCUGUAGGAAAACAAAAUUCAACAAUCUUCUCUUUAACACCAGAAAAUUCUUGGACUCCAAAAGCCUGUGUAAUAGUGUAUUAUAUUGAAGAUGAUGGGGAAAUUAUAAAUGAUGUUCUAAAAAUUCCUGUUCAGCUUGUUUUUAAAAAUAAGAUAAAGCUAUAUUGGAGUAAAGUGAAAGCUGAACCGUCUGAGAAAGUCUCGCUUAGGAUCUCUGUGACACAGCCUGACUCCAUAGUUGGGAUUGUAGCUGUUGACAAAAGUGUGAAUCUGAUGUAUGCCUCUAAUGAUAUUACAAUGGAAAAUGUGGUCCAUGAGUUGGAACUUUAUAACACAGGAUAUUAUUUAGGCAUGUUCAUGAAUUCUUUUGCAGUCUUUCAGGAGUGUGGACUCUGGGUAUUGACAGAUGCAAACCUCACGAAGGAUUAUAUUGAUGGUGUUUAUGACAAUGCAGAAUAUGCUGAGAGGUUUAUGGAGGAAAAUGAAGGACAUGUAGUUGAUAUUCAAGACUUUUCUUUGGGUAGCAGUCCACAUGUCCGAAAGCAUUUUCCGGAGACUUGGAUUUGGCUAGACACCAACAUGGGUUCUAGGAUUUACCAAGAAUUUGAAGUAACUGUACCUGAUUCUAUCACUUCUUGGGUGGCUACUGGUUUUGUGAUUUCUGAGGACCUGGGUCUUGGACUAACAAAGACUCCAGUGGAGCUGCAAGCCUUCCAACCAUUUUUCAUUUUUUUGAAUCUUCCCUACUCUGUUAUCAGAGGUGAAGAAUUUGCUUUGGAAAUAACUAUAUUCAAUUAUUUGAAAGAUGCCACUGAGGUUAAGGUAAUCAUUGAGAAAAGUGACAAAUUUGAUAUUCUAAUGACUUCAAGUGAAAUCAAUGCCACAGGCCACCAGCAGACCAUUCUGGUUCCCAGUGAGGAUGGGGCAACUGUUCUUUUUCCCAUCAGGCCAACACAUCUGGGAGAAAUUCCUAUCACAGUCACAGCUCUUUCACCCACUGCUUCUGAUGCUAUCACCCAGAUGAUUUUAGUAAAGGCUGAAGGAAUGGAAAAAUCAUAUUCACAGUCCAUCUUAUUAGAUUUGACUGACAAUAGGCUACAGAGUACUCUGAAAACUUUGAGUUUUUCAUUUCCUCCUAAUACAGUGACUGGCAGUGAAAGAGUUCAGAUCACUGCAAUUGUUAAUGAUUACUUUGAAGAUCUGUCCAUUUUUAUGUCUUUAGGUUACCAGAGGGAACUUCUCUAUCAGAGGGAAGACGGCUCUUUCAGUGCUUUUGGGAAUUAUGACGCUUCUGGGAGCACUUGGUUGUCAGCUUUUGUUUUAAGAUGUUUCCUUGAAGCCGAUCCUUACAUAGAUAUUGAUCAGAAUGUGUUACACAGAACAUACACUUGGCUUAAAGAACGUCAGAAAUCCAACGGUGAAUUUUGGGAGCCAGGAAGAGUGAUUCAUAGUGAACUUCAAGGUGGCAAUAAAAGUCCAGUAACACUUACAGCCUAUAUUGUAACUUCUCUCCUGGGAUAUAGAAAGUAUCAGCCUAACAUUGAUGUGCAAGAGUCUAUCCAUUUUUUGGAGUCUGAAUUCAGCAGAGGAAUUUCAGACAAUUAUACUCUAGCUCUUAUAGCUUAUGCAUUGUCAUCAGUGGGGAGUCCGAAAGCGAAGGAAGCUUUGAAUAUGCUGACUUCGAGAGCAGAACAAGAAGGAGGCAUGCAAUUCUGGGUGUCAUCAGAGUCCAAACUUUCUGAUUCCUGGCAGCCACGCUCCCUGGAUAUUGAAGUGGCAGCCUAUGCACUGCUCUCACACUUCCUACAAUUUCAGGCUUCUGAGGGAAUCCCAAUUAUGAGGUGGCUAAGCAGGCAAAGAAAUAGCUUGGGUGGUUUUGCAUCUACUCAGGAUACCAUUGUGGCUUUAAAAGCUCUGUCUGAAUUUGCAGCCCUAAUGAUUACAGAAAGGACAAAUAUCCAAGUGACUGUGACGGGGCCUAGCGCACCAAGUCCUAUAAAGUUUCUGAUUGACACACACAACCGCUUGCUCCUUCAGACAGCAGAGCUUGCUGUGGUACAGCCAACUGCAGUUACUAUUUCCGCAACUGGUUUUGGAUUUGCUAUUUGUCAGCUCAAUGUUGUAUAUAAUGUGAAGGAUUCUGGGUCUUCUAGAAGACGAAGAUCUAUCCAAAAUCAAGAAGCCUUUGAUUUAGAUGUUGCUGUAAAAGAAAAUAAAGAUGAUCUCAAUCAUGUGGAUUUGAAUGUGUGUACAAGGUUUUUGGGCCCAGCUAGGAGUGGCAUGGCUCUUAUGGAAGUUAACCUACUAAGUGGCUUUAUGGUGCCUUCAGACACAAUUCCCCUGAGCGAGACAGUGAAGAAAGUGGAAUAUGAUCAUGGAAAACUCAACCUCUAUUUAGAUUCUGUAAAUGAAACCCAGUUUUGUGUUGAUAUUCCUGCUGUGAGAAACUUUAAAGUUUCAAAUACCCAAGAUGCUUCAGUGUCCAUAGUGGAUUACUAUGAGCCAAGGAGACAGGCGGUGAGAAGUUACAACUCUGAAGCGAAGCUGUCCUCCUGUGACCUUUGCAGCGACGUCCAGGGCUGCCGUCCUUGUGAGGAUGGAGCUGUAGGCUCCCAUCAUCACCCUUCAGUCAUUUUUAUUUUCUGUUUCACGCUUCUGUACUUUUUGGAACUUUGGCUGUGAUUUAUUUUUAAAGGACUCUGUGUAACACUAACAUUUCCAGUAGUCACAUGUGAUUGUUUUGUUUUCAUAGUGGAAUACUGCUUCUAUUUUGAAAACAGUUUUUUUUUCUUUUUUCUUUCUAUGGGGUUACGAGGGUGGUGUACAACAGGUCCUAGUAUGUAUAGCUGCAUAGAUUUCUUCACCUGAUCUUUGUGUGGAAGAUCAAAAUGAAUGCAGUUGUGUGUCUAUAUUUUCUCCUUUCAAAAUCUUCUAGAAUUUUUUUAGAGGUAUUUGUUUUCUCCAGAAUAAAGAUAUUAUUUUAGAA